CAUGUGAUUUAGGUGCGGUCUCUCCAAGGUUUCCUCUCCUGCCUGUGAGCUUCUGGUCACUUGUUUGGGGAACCACACAAACAGGAGUCACGAUGUCCUUCGAUCUGUCAGCAGCUGUAGGUGGGGAAGAAGAGGUGGUGAAGAAGGAGGAGGCUCAAAAGGAUGAGCUUAACUGGCCCUGGAAAAAGAACAAGGAAGAUUCCAAGGACAAGUCUGGCGGUAAAGACAAGUCUCACGAUAAGGACAAGUCUCACGACAAGGACAAGUCUCACGACAAGGACAAGUCUCACAACAAGGACAAGUCUCACGACAAGGACAAGUCUCACGACAGUAAGCACAAGUCUAAGGACAAACACGGCAAAGAGCACAAGAAGAAGAAGGAGAAGAAGAAGAAGGAACACAAGGAUGGAAAGAAAUCAGGCUCCUCAUCCUCCAGCAGUGACGAGGAGUGAUGCUUCCUGUGGGACCAGACUGCGCUGUUAGUCUCUUAU